AUGGCGGAAGUAGAAGAAAACCCAAAAGUGAUCAAUGAAGAAGACGAAGACGAAGAAGAAGAGAAAAUUAUUCAGCAUUACUCUUCAUCUCAUCAAAUACUCUUAGUGGGUGAUGGAGAUUUUUCUUUUUCUCUCUGUUUGGCUCAGGUUUUUGGUUCUGCUUCGAACAUUGUUGCUUCGUCUUUACAAUCAUAUGAUGACGUGAUCAAAAUGUACAAGAAUGGGAAAUCGAACUUGGAAAAGUUGAAAUCUUUGGGAGGAACUGUGUUGCACGGUGUGGAUGCAACUAAAAUACAGCUUCAUUUUGAUCUUAGUAACCGGAAGUUUGAUCGGAUUAUCUAUAAUUUUCCUCAUGCAGGGUUUCAUGGCAGUGAGGAUAGUACUCAUCUUAUACAAAUGCAUCAGGAUCUUGUGGGACCUUUUUUGGGGAGUGCCAAGAAAAUGUUGCGAGUUGAUGGUCAAAUUCAUGUAACACAUAAAACGUGUCUUCCAUACGGCCGUUGGGAUCUUGUUGGACUUGGAUCAGGAAACUCCUUGAUGUGUAUCGAAUGUGCUGAUUUCAAGAUUGAAAAUUACCCUGGUUACAACAAUAAAAGAGGAGCUGGUUCAAAAUGUGAUGAGCCUUUUCAUUUGGGUGAGUGCAAUACCUUCAAGUUUAUACCCAACCCAUCUCCUAAGAAUGUGCCAAGAACAAAACACAAGAAACGCUUUUUACAUGCGCCAUCUCAGAAUCUACAAAACAUUCCCAACUCCAUAAGUCCUUCGAUUUACUCCUUCCAACAGCCACUAAGUUGGAUUGACAAUAGAAAUUCUCCAACUUGUGUCAUCAAUGGCAUGAACGGUUUUCCAAGUUAUGCAUAUCAGAACUUUCAAAAAGUUCCCAACUCCAUAAGUCCUCCGAUUUACUCAUUCCGUCCAUCUUAUGUGAAUGACAUGAAUGGUUUUCCAAGUCAUGUUGGUUUACCUGCAAGGCAUGACCCCAUAAGUGAACUUUUCAGGAUCUUUAAGCCGUAUUUCAGUUAUAUUGAAAAAACAUUUGGAAGAGUGGACACUAAUGUUGAAGUUUCAGUUCGUCGAGCUCUAGAUCAUGGUGCUGUGAUAUUCAGGGACGAGACCGGGAGGCCCCCUGGAGAUUACUUGGAAGCUUUGGAAGGGCUUCAUUGUUGGAGCCGGUCAAGAAUUCAGAAGUUACAACAGAGAUUCAUCGAAGGCUGAUUGAGCAACAUGGUAUGGGACGUUACCUAUAAAUUAUGUGAAUAACUAGAUAUGCUUAUGCAAGUAGUAGUUGUUAAUUAACUACUCCUUACUUGGGAGUGCCAAAAUAAAUGUGUCUCUUAAUUAUGCUGAAAGAUCUUAAUCACAAAUGAAUAUUCUGAAGAGCUUGUUUGAUAAAGGUUGAAUUAUGUGCAACAAAGCUUGAAAU